AUGCACCUAGGAUACUCUUUGCCAAGAUCAAGACAUGCCCGUAGAUCAAGACUGUCCGUGUGCGACACGAAAAGAGCAGAAAUUGCCACUUUCACGAUGUCGGAACCGGUCUCUCGUUCAAAAGCACGACGGCCAAGCACAAUGAUCCUCGGUUCAUCGCCCCAACAAAAGGCGAUGGCCCAAAGCGAGUGUCACCUGGACAAGCCACCCACCAUGAAGCAUUCUGACCCCAGUCAAGUCUGCAAUGGCCCGGCAAUGAAUGUCUGCAAAGAUAUGUUUGGCUCCUCUGACACCGCCCAAGCAACGUAA